AUGUCUUCCACAUGUAGCGCCGUUCCGUCGACACAAGCACGCGGCACUCAGCACCAAGAGGAGGCGGAGGAGGUAGAGGACAGGUUGGCAUCGCCAGCGAGCCUCUGGUUGCCGCGGACGGUGGUCAAGAGACACCGAAGAAAGGCUACCAUCAUUUGGAUCAGCCUGAUCCUAGCGUUCCUUGCAUAUAUUGCAUUCAUCGUGUGGGACGCCGUCGAGUCGAGGACGGAUCCGGCGGCAAGUUUCGAGCUCAAGCUGGAGGUUUUCACGUUCCCGGAUCUGGCGGUGUGCGUCUCUCAGUACGAGGGUUGCCUCACGUACCCGCCGUCCGACUGCUUCGUAAAUGCCAGCUUCACGAUGUUCGGCCAGUAUGGCUUUAUGGAAGCCGAGCUGGAGGCAGACGAGGCAAGUCUUGCCAUCCAAGAAGCUUACCCUCACUGCAGGGUGCUGCCGACCUCAAAGCUUACGGUAAAUCAAACGGGGAUUGAAAACGGAGACAUCAACCACUUCUAUGCAAUCUUCGGGCUGCUUUGGGACGAAGACCCGCACGACGACUUCGACCCGGCUGUUGAGCUGGCGUCCACAGGAGUGUCGAUAAACACCCAGUUCGUCAACUUAUUCUUCGUGGACGUGGAUCUUGGCGUGGAGGCCAUCGGGGAGGAACUCACCGAUGCAAAACUUCCGUACGACCGCCUCUCGCCUACUACAAGCGGGUCGAUGGUGGGGACAAUGAGCCACAUGAAAUCGUGUUGGGCUACUACUGGGCAGGUGAUCGAAAUGACCCAGUUCCAGCCCAUUUCGACAUCAUCCGGCCAGAAGCAAGACCCGCAGCGAACCUUCACCCAAUCCUCGACAAGCGCAACGGUCAACUGGUACAAUCCCGACUUCGACGAGGAGCUAGCGGCUCUGCUGUUCAACAUGUUCAUCCCGAAGUUCGAGUACACGAGCAUCGAACAGGUGGACCCUGUUGAUGGCUGGGCUAUCAUCGGAGCCAUCGGUGGCGUCUGGCAGUUCGUGGUUAUAGCGUUCGGGUUAUUCUUCGUCUUCUCAGAAAAGCAGCUCCCCGACAAAAAGAUUCGCAACUUCAAGAAGAGCGUUGCCAAGCCCGCCUCCAUGGUUAACCGUCACUUGUCCAGCGCAAACUCCAGGGACCCCACAACACCGGACGUCGAGAUCGACGCGUCUAACGAAGACCUCCCCAUUGGGUGGGUUAAACGCCAGAGGAAGAACGGCACCACCUACUACUACAACCUCCUCACAGGCGACGCGCGGGAGAAUUCGCCGACCGAGGCGCAUGCUGUUGUUGCCGUUGGGGUGACCCCCGCGCCCAAGCGUCGCUCCAUUGCCCGCGCCUUCCGGAUCGGUUUGUUGACUUCUGGCGCCUGGUCUUCCGGCGCUUGCGCGUGUCGUUGGCGUUGCAAUGUACGCUUUCGGACAAUGGUGCUGGUGCUCUGGUGCUGCUCGGUUCCUGAAGGCGGCCCACAAUCCAGGAAUCUCGACGAGCUCUUCUGCCAACGGAACGAACGACGGUAG